CCCCCCCCCCCCCCACCCGCCCCUCUCUUUUUAAUUCGGCGUUGCUUGCGGUUCGUGCCCUGACGGCAACUCCUCCAGCCUUGCCCCCCCUUAUUUUUUUUUUUUUUUUGGCUCCCCCAUCUACACGCAGUUUGCUCAGCCAUUUUUUUUCCUUCCCCCCGAGUAUGUAGCAAAUACUUAAAAGAAAAGAAAGAGGGAAAAAAAAAAUCAGACAUCCUUUUGCUCGUUUUGAUGCUCGCGAACCGUAAUUUUUAGAAGCAAGAAACAGAAGGAAAAAAAAAAACCAACAAACCAAACCCCCGAAGUUUUCUCCCCAAGGACCGAGACCAUUCCACAAACUGAAGUGCUGCCAGCAGCAUAUGCUUUUUGCAAGAAUAAUUGAAACCAUUAACUGGAGAGCACAGAAUUCUUUUGAAAGUCUGCCAGUUAUUUGCAAGUAACUUCGGCAGUGGCACAAAAUAUAACACUUGUAUUUUAACUUCUACAAUUGCACUUUUAGGAGCUGGCCUCUAAUUUGAUUUUCAGUUGUUCUGAUAAGAUUUCUAUUUUAUGAUUGGCUUUAUGUUUAAUUCUUGUUUAAACAAACACGAUUUGACUUAAAUGAAAACCUAAGUGCUGAUGAAUAGGAGUUCUACCAAAGCAACAAGUUAGUUAUUUCUUCACGUUUAACUUGAAUUCACUUUUUUACCCUUUUUUUAAAAAAAAAGAAGAAAAAAAAAGAUCAGCAGUAAAUAUUGCCCUGAAGAAGGGUGCGAUUGCUUGCAUUUUAAUUUUUCUUUUUUUAAUAUGGCUGUAAACGUUUCCCUGGUUCGUGAUACAAAAUGGCUGACGUUAGAAGUGUGUCGAGAGUUUCAGAGAGGUACUUGUUCUCGGUCUGAUGCAGAGUGCAAGUUCGCCCAUCCGUCACGGAGUUGCCAUGUGGAAAAUGGUCGAGUUAUUGCCUGCUUUGACUCCCUAAAGGGCCGGUGUACCAGAGAGAACUGCAAAUAUCUCCACCCUCCCCCACACUUAAAAACACAACUUGAAAUAAAUGGACGCAACAACCUGAUCCAGCAGAAGACAGCCGCAGCCAUGUUUGCUCAGCAAAUGCAGUUCAUGCUGCCAGGCGCGCAACUACAGCCAAUUACAACGUUUCCUGUGACUCCAUCACUUGCAACAAGCCCCACGAUGGCUUUUAGUCCCUACCUGAGUCAUGUUUCUCCUGGGAUGGGCUUGGUUCCUGCAGAGCUUUUACCAAAUACUCCUGUCCUGGUUUCCGGAAAUCCUACUGUUACAGUACCAGGAGGCUCUGCUGGGCAGAAACUGAUGCGUACGGAUAAACUGGAGGUUUGUCGAGAGUUUCAGCGUGGAAAUUGCACACGUGGUGAGAAUGAUUGCCGCUAUGCUCACCCUAUAGAUAUUGCAAUGAUAGACACAAAUGAAAAUACUGUUACAGUUUGCAUGGAUUACAUCAAAGGUCGAUGCUCUAGGGAGAAAUGCAAGUACUUUCAUCCCCCUGCACACCUGCAAGCCAAAAUCAAGGCAGCUCAACACCAGGUGAACCAGACAGCUGCAGCUGCGAUGGCCCUGCCGCCUGGUGCACUUCAACCUUUACCAAAGAGGCCAGCACUUGAAAAAAACAAUGGUGCCACCACAGUCUUUAACCCAAGCGUUUUCCACUACCAACAGGCUCUAGCCAACAUGCAGUUGCAACAGCCUACAUUCAUCCCUACAGGGUCAGUUCUGUGCAUGACACCCACUGCAAGCGUUGUGCCCAUGAUGCACGGUGCUACGCCCACCACUGUGUCUGCAGCAACAACUCCUGCCACCAGCGUCCCCUUCGCUGCAACAGCUACCGCCAAUCAGAUAUCCCAGUUAUCAGUAGAUGAACUGAGUAGCAGCAUGUUUGUUUCACAGAUGUAGAAGUUCCCGAUAGAACACAGACCAUGUUGAAAUUCUGAACAGUAAAAUUAUGGAGCACCAGGACUUCUUGGUGGGAAGCUGCGCAUGGCCUUUCUGUAUAUAACCCCUCUUCCCUCUAUCAUUCUCUACCACCUCUACAGUAAGCCUGUUGCAGCCUACAUGUUAACCAAAAACUGAUCAAUGGGAAUGUCAAAAAAAAAAAAAAAAAAAGCACUAUAGAAACAAUUAACAAACAGCGCUCUGUUAUAUGAAAUAUACAAGUAGAAAAUUAUAAUAGACUUUUAUAACACAUUACUUUAACACACUUAAUCAUUUUAUGACUACCAUCCUGAUAAGUGCAUCUGCACAGCGGACUGUUGGUUUACUGUAUACUAUCGAUGGAUAAAUGUUUGUCUUGUUUUUAAAGUGUUAUCUUACUGUUUUGUUUACAUCAUAGUCUAUUGAUUUGUUUUAAAGUGUACAUCAUUAUCAAGUAUACUCAAUACCAUUUUUUCAUUAUUGUUAUGUCUUAAGUUUUCAUAUACUGUAGGUUUUAUGGGGUUUUGUUUUUUACUAAAAAUGUUAUUGUGGGAAACAGGAAUUAUGUGCUUGAAAAACACGACACAGGAAUGUUCUGCCCUUUGCUGGAUUUGCUGUUAAUGUCAGCUAAAGUUGCUUGUGUUAAAUGCUCCUUUUAUCAUUCAAAAUUUGCCUUCAGAUAGAGCCUCCAAAUUUUUAGUACAAGUGAUAUGAAAGGACAGCAGUCAUUUAGUCCAGUGCAGGGUAUUUCUUUCAAUACAAUGAGCUGAUUCUGGAAACUUUUUUGGGGAAAAAAACCCAACAAAACCUAACAAAAAAGGCCAGGCUCAGUAAGGGGACAGGAACAAUUUGCUCAGAUGGUGGUAAGCAUCAAGGGAUUUCUGCAGUUCUGUUGUCCAUUGAAGUGCAUUCCCAGCUGCAAACGACGCACAAUCUCUCUUGCUGUUCUCAUGGUGCAGUCAGAGCGACAAAAAAAAACAGGUGGUGAAGCGAGACAGCCUCAGUUGGGCAGAGACUCAUUGCACUGCAGAGGAGCAAAUGCCAACCGUGAGCUGGAGUGGGCCCAUAGCCGUUACCCAAGCUGGGUAAUACCGUGCCCGGGGGCUUGUCUCCGCUAAGCAUGCUGAAACAUUUCAGCCUGAAAUCUUGUGUGGCUCUUCUUGAAAUUUUGUCAGCAUGCACCGAUUAUUUAAUCACCAUUUUCCAUAAGUGGAUGAUUUUUUUCCCCAUGAUCUCUGGCCCUUUAAAGCAAACACAGCAGUAGCAACGCAGGAGAAAGCUCAGCAUAAGCUUUCUACCGUAGAUAAACAUUCAUCUUAAUGAAGCUCCUGUAGGUCAGUGGAUUUAUUUUGGCACCUUCUGCUUGACCAAGAGCAAUGUUUGCUGCAAAACAAGGGCUAGUUCUCAAUACCUCCUUUUCAUACACACGAGUAAAACAAUUUCCAGCCCGUGCACCCUGGACAGCCCAGCCUGUCGUUACGCUGUGUUGAUGAACAAUCUGGCUGCAGAAUGCAUUUUGGUUGAGGAUACAGCCAAAUUCAUCCCGGUCGUGGCUCUACAGGAUCAUUGGCAUUGUGGAAGAGGUGGAUUUGCUGCUGUAAAUCCGCAAACUCCAUACAGGGAGAAAGAGAAUUUUAUUGAAACCAAGCAAGAGGCCGGCUCCCAGUGUCCGGAGGGCCAGCCACCCUAAGCUUGCAGUGGGUCCUGUAGGGGUGCCAAAUUCUGACAACCAGGUUUUCCUUUCUUUUCCAAGCUCCUUGGCCUUGCUUAGGGACUUUCCUUGCCCCCUCUCCUCCAGUGUGAGCGCAGAUAGUUGGACAGAUGUAUACAUCCACGGACCACAAGUGAUGGAGGGGCAUCUAGGGCACAGCCGGUGCGUCCCAGAGGAGAUUAUUCAUAGCAAGAACCUUUGAAGAGACCAGCUCAAAAAGGCCGUGAGCCAGAAGGAAUCUCAUUUUAGCAGGCUUUGAAUCAAACCUUGAGGGAAGGGAAAAAACACCCCACCCACCCCCAGUGUUUUGACGGUCGCUUGUGUCUGUGGAUGUUCCCCAGCCAUCAGCAUUCACAAGCGGCCGGCGUUGCCUGAAAUCGGUGACUCUCAUUUGUAUUGGCGACCACAUACCUGUUCUUUUCACCACUGAGUUUCUGUUUCCCAAAACCAUAACAUUGUUAGUGGAAAAAGUGGAUUUGAGUACUUCCUGUUUGAAAUUAUUUGUGUAUCAAAAAUGGGUUUUGCACAACCUGUGCCAGUGCCUCAACAAAGAACAGAGCUGAUCUUCUUAAGCCAGAAAGGAUGCAUUCAAGCUUGUAUGGCUUUAUGAGUUCAAGGAGGUUGGAAUUUUUUCAGUGCUAAAUGGAUUUUUGUAUAUCUUGACACUUUGAUGUAACCUCCUAUUUUAUUUAUCGACUUAAACAUCUGGCAUAGAUGUGCAUAGAAUGUAAACCUAGAAUACAGCUGUUUUCAUGUCACAUUUAAAGCACUGAAAAAAAAAAAAAAGCGUUUAAGGAUUAUUUUUUAUUAAAAGAGGUCCAAUGAGGGAUGUUCAGGGUAGUUCUAUUAGGUGCCACAACAGUUUUUAUAUUGCUGGCAAAUUUAGAGUUAAUUUGUAAAUGAGUUUAAGGAAAGAAAAGCUUGAAGCACUAAACUUCACCAAAUUCAAAACAAUCUCGGCAAAAAUGCCAUUUUGAGGUAGCACUAUUUAAACUAGUUGUGCAAUGACUUGCUCUAAUUUUCUUUGUUCAAGAAAGAAAAGAAAAAAAAAAGUCGCCAGACUAUAAAUUUCCUAAAUAGACUAUUACAAAGUCACCAAGCUAGUUAGUGACUCUAAACAAAUGUCAUAAAAGCAUGAAUAUCAUCCUUUAUUUGACAAGAGAUGUAUGUAAGUUUGUUUAAAUCAAUAUAAUUUUAGUGACAUUUUUAUAAGCUUCCCACUUUCCAUGAACCUAUAUUUUUUAUUUAUCCAAAGUUAUUUCUCUUUGUCCAUUUCUCUCAGCCUUAUGCAAACAAUAUGCAAGAAAUGCUGAAACUUGGAUAAAACGGGUCAUGCAGAGGGAAAAUGAAAGCUGAGAUUGAUCAUUUUCACGAAAAAAGGUUGUUAGUAGUUUCAAUAAAAAGUACUACUACUAAACUGUAACAUAAGCAGACAAUAAAAGAGGGAUUUAAAAUAAAAUGGAUUCAUAAAACUA